CAGCUGAGGGAAGGCAGUGGCUUGUUAAGGACACCAGGGUGGUGGUGCCCAGUCCACCGGCAGUCACCUUGGAGAUCAGAUUACAAAGCUGACAGAAAUCAUAUUUAUAAUUAUAUAAGGUUUCCAAGAGUGAAUGUUGAAAGGAUGAGGUUAUAGAAAAUUAUAAAACUCAAAAUCUGGUCUUUUUUUUUUUUUCAACUGAAGAGAAACUGAAACCAAAACUUUGAAAUUCCACUUGUUUUAUAAACUGGCAACCACUGAACAAACGGAAUAAAGUGGUUGUUAGAAAAAACACUAACAACAUCAUAGCAAAAUGAAAUUCUUCCUACUGUUUUCCUUCAUUGGAUUCUGCUGGGCUCAAUAUGAGCCACACACUGAAAAAGGACGCACCUCUAUUGUCCAUCUGUUUGAGUGGCGCUGGGCUGAUAUUGCCAAGGAAUGUGAGAGAUACUUAGCUCCUAAUGGAUUUGGAGGGGUGCAGGUCUCUCCACCCAAUGAACAUCUUAUAGUUACCAAUCCUUCAAGACCUUGGUGGGAAAGAUACCAACCAAUUAGCUACAAAAUAUGUUCAAGGUCUGGAAAUGAAGAUGAAUUCAAGGAUAUGGUGAUUAGGUGUAACAAUGUUGGGGUCCGUAUUUAUGUGGAUGCUGUCAUUAACCACAUGUGUGGAGAAGGGGCUCAAGCAGGAACCAGCAGUACAUGUGGAAGUUAUUUCAACCCACAAACCAGGGACUUCUCUGGAGUUCCAUACUCGGGUUGGGAUUUUAACGAUGGCAAAUGUAGAACUGGAAGUGGAGGCAUUGAAAACUACAAUGAUGCUGCUCAGGUCAGAGAUUGUCGUCUGGUUGGCCUUCUGGAUCUUGCACUUGAGAAAGAUUAUGUUCGUGGCAAGGUGGCUGACUACAUGAACCGUCUCAUCAACAUGGGUGUAGCAGGGUUCAGACUUGAUGCUGCUAAGCACAUGUGGCCUGGAGACAUAAAGGCGAUUUUGGAUAAACUGCAUAACCUAAAUACACAAUGGUUCUCUGAAGGAAGCAGGCCUUUCAUUUUUCAAGAGGUCAUUGAUCUGGGUGGUGAGGCACUUACAAGCAGUGAGUACUUUGGAAAUGGCCGUGUGACAGAAUUCAAAUAUGGAGCAAAACUGGGCACAGUUAUCCGCAAGUGGAAUGGAGAGAAGAUGGCCUAUUUAAGGAAGAUGGGUAAAUGUGUUGGCAAUCAUGAAAUGCAUAUUAAAACUUUGGAAAAUGAUAUCAACGAUUGGGUUGGACCACCAAAUGACAAUGGAGCAACCAAAGAAGUGACAAUAAAUGCAGACACCACUUGUGGCAAUGGCUGGGUCUGUGAACAUCGAUGGCGCCAGAUCAGGAACAUGGUUGCCUUCAGAAACGUAGUCCAUGGUCAGCCUUUCUCAAACUGGUGGGAUAAUGGCAGCAACCAAGUAGCUUUUGGCAGAGGAAACAAAGGCUUCAUUGUUUUUAACAAUGACGACUGGUCAUUGUCAACAACUUUACAAACUGGUCUCCCUGCUGGUGCAUACUGUGAUGUCAUUUCUGGAGAUAAAAUUGAUGGCUAUUGCACCGGAAUUCAAGUCUAUGUUUCUGGUGAUGGCACUGCACAGUUUUCUAUUAGUAACUCUGCUGAAGACCCAUUUAUUGCAAUCCAUGUAGAAUCAAAACUCUAAAAUUUAAAAUAAAUUCGUACUGAGAGCAUCAA